UAAUUUUUUUCCUGUGUGAUAUUAGAGGAAUGACAAUUCAUUGAGACAAUAGAGGAAAAGAAAUCCAGGAUGGAUGGCUUAGUUAAGCAAAAAGGUGUGCUUAAUAAGCAUAAUAGGGCCAUUGACACCAAGAAGAAGAAUGGGUUGAUUAACACAAGGAACUUAAUGACUGAAAACAGGGAGGGGCUGGUGUCUGUGUACCCAGCUGCUCAGUAUCAUGGUCGGCCAGUUGGGACUCUCUACUCCCCAAACUACUCCCAGAAGGACCCAAUACAACAGCUUCUUGACCCCAGUACUCUGCCACAGACGGUAGAAUCCCACUAUCAUCCAAACAUUAUCCUCUAUUCAGAGAGUAUGCUACGAUCAUGGGGAGAAAGCCUGAGUGCAGAAUGCUGUGAAACAACCUUUAUUGAGGACAAGUCACCCACCAAAGGCUGCCUGGAUUAUCCCGAUGGCAAAUUUGUCAGUCUAUCCACAGAUGAGAUUAAGAUCCAGACCCUCUCCUAUGAUGUGGAAGAAGAAGAAGACGACGACGACGAUGAUGAUGACUUCCAGGAACUAGAGAGUGAUUAUUCAAGUGACACUGACAGUGAAGACCAUUUCCUUAUGAUGCCUCCCAGGGAUCAUCUUGGACUCAGUGUGUUCUCCAUGCUCUGUUGUUUCUGGCCAUUGGGAAUUGCUGCUUUCUAUUUGUCACAUGAGACGAACAAAGCUAUUGCUAAAGGGGAUUUCCACCAAGCAAGCUCCAGUUCCCGGCGAGCUCUCUUCUUGGCUGUGCUCUCGAUCACCAUUGGAACGGGCAUCUAUGUAGGGGUCGCUGUAGCACUCAUAGCUUACCUGUCCAAAAAUAAUCACUUAUGAAACUUGACAAAUUAGACUGCUACAGAAAGAUAUAGAAGAAUGAUACUGUACCUUUCAGUGUCAAUAGUUUCGAGAGUGAGAAGGGCUGUCACAAGUUUAUACAAGCUGAAUUCUGAAGAAAAAUGUUCUGGAUCUUUUUUACUUUUCUGAUUUAUUUUUAAUAUUGGUAAAACUGUUAUUGCAAGGAGCCAAGAAAGCCACGGGUAUUUCCAAAUAUCAAAAGGUAGCUUCAGAACUUGCUUAUAGUUUGUUUCUGGUCUAAAUUAGACUCAACCCCAAAUUUGGGAUCAUCUGUCCAAAGGUGAGAGACAUCUGAAUGUACAAAACUAAAGGACGGUCUGAAGGUUGUUGUGUUGCUGCCCAAGAAAACUAAUUCUUGAUUUUGGAUGACUAAGAAGUAGUAACUGGCUUAGUGCAUAUCCAUGACUAAGAUUAAAAUACAAAUAAAGCUGCAGAAUGGAUGUAAUGUAGGAAUAACAUGGGACUAUCAGUUCUUUUAUUCAAUCAAAAUCAGAAAUGGUCAAGCAAAAUGAAAUGCAGUAGCUUGAGGUGGCAGAUUUUGGGUGUUAUAAGGGACAGCAGAAUGGGAAAGCGAGGGUCCAGUCAUAGUAUAAAGCUGUUACGUACUUCAAAUAAACUGUACUGGAAUACACAGAAGCUAUGCGACACAUAGCAGUGUUCUUGUGCAACCCUGUUCUUUGCCUCAGUGUAGCUUACACUGGAUAAUUUCCAGAUGAAUUGUUCAUAAAUGAUUUCACUGAACAUCUUUGAAGUCAAAGCAUCUUGUGCUGGUUGGCCCUGCUCCUAUCCUGAAGAAGACUCGCUUGCAAAGCAUGCUAUUCUUUCUGGCAGCAUCUCCUUUCCAGAGAGGAUUUUUUCAGCAAGUAAAUAUAAGAAGCCCAUCCAUAAAUUUCAUGGCAAGGCAUGAAGUAUCUACCACUGAGAAACCAGCCUACUGGCACAAAAAUGUUUUCUUGGCUAAUGGACUCCCACCUGAGCAAAGCUGGAAUAUGUUGGAAUAUAUCUCCUAGUCAAAACAUGAAUAAGCAAUGGGCAUAUUGUAAAGAAUGUAUUUAAUAUUAAAAAAUCAUCUGAAAAUCA